CUGGCUUCAGUGACAUCACAGCCGCCGGUGAAGUUCGGCGUUGAGCGCUUGCGUUAGUUGUUGACACUUUCCAGUCCGCGGACAGUGCCGUUUGUGUUGAUUUCUAUGUCAAAUCGCAGAGCAAAAAGAGCGCCGAUCUAUCUUAAAGUUAAGAAGGUGUCUGGAUAGCAGUACAGAACAUCGAGGUUGCGUUUUUUUGCAUAAUAAUGUUGAGCAGGAGUGUAGCGCGGCGUGUGCUGGGGUCGAGGGUAUUUCUCUCUCAGAAAUGUGGACUGUCCUCGCAAGCUGCGCAACGAGAAAAAGUGAUCAGGAGUCGAGAAAUGAAUGAAAAUGAGCCUCGCCCCUUGUAUAUGGAUUUCCAGGCCACCACCCCUAUGGACCCCAGAGUACUGGACGCUAUGUUACCCUAUCAGGUGAAUUACUACGGUAAUCCUCACUCCAGAACACAUGCCUAUGGAUGGGAAAGUGAAAGUGCUGUGGAGCUGGCAAGGAAACAAGUGGCAGACCUUAUUGGAGCCGAUCCCAGGGAGAUCAUCUUCACCAGCGGAGCUACUGAGUCCAACAACAUCUCCAUCAAAGGAGUGGGAAGGUUUUACAAAACCAAAAAGAAGCACGUGAUCACCACGCAGACAGAGCACAAGUGUGUGCUGGACUCGUGCCGGGCACUGGAGGCUGAGGGGUUCCACAUCACUUACCUGCCAGUCAAGAGCAACGGCCUGGUAGAUCUGCAGCAACUGGAGGAGUCCUUUCGACCGGACACAAGCCUGGUGUCUAUUAUGACUGUCAACAACGAGAUUGGAGUGAUACAGCCCAUUAAAGAAAUAGGUCAUCUUUGCCAGUCCCGUAAGAUUUUCUUCCACACGGAUGCGGCACAGGCAGCUGGAAAAAUCCCCCUUGAUGUGAACGACAUGAAGAUUGAUCUGAUGUCUAUUAGUGGUCACAAAAUAUACGGUCCGAAAGGAGUCGGUGCGGUGUACGUGCGGCGGCGCCCCCGAGUGCGUCUGGAGCCCCUGCAGAGCGGAGGGGGGCAGGAGAGGGGGCUGCGCUCGGGCACCGUGCCCACGCCUUUAGCAGUCGGCCUCGGAGCGGCCUGUGAAAUAGCACGGCAGGAGAUGAAGUACGAUGAGUACCGAGUAUCUAUGCUGUCUAAACGGCUCAUUGAUAAAAUCAUGGCGGGGCUCCCAGAUGUUAUAAUGAACGGAGACCCUGAAAAGAGAUAUUCAGGUUGCAUCAAUCUGUCGUUUGCUUACGUGGAAGGGGAAAGUCUGCUGAUGGCCCUGAAGGAUGUUGCCCUGUCGUCAGGCAGUGCCUGCACAUCAGCUUCGUUAGAGCCGUCUUACGUGCUCCGAGCCAUAGGAACAGAUGAAGAUCUGGCUCACUCAUCCAUCAGGUUUGGCAUUGGACGCUUCACCACAGAGGAAGAGGUGGAUUAUACGGCAGAGAAAUGCAUACUGCAGGUCAAGCGGCUAAGAGAAAUGAGUCCUUUGUGGGAAAUGGUGCAAGAGGGAAUUGACUUGAAGAGCAUUAAAUGGACCCAGCACUGAGGAUGCAAGAAGCAGGAUUCAAUGGUGAUGGGAAACGUGGCGCUGUGGACCAGAGACUGCCUCCCAACUCACGACAGGCUGCUGACCAAUUACCCUGUAAAAUCUCAAUAGAACCUUUUCCUUGUUCACGUGUCCAUUCGCUGUCCAAAGGCUCCCUCCACUCCGGUGUGAGGCAGUGUGACUGGGUGACUUGCACCAUCAGUCCUUUAGAUCUAUUCCCAGUUCACUCAGUAUGUUAUGGGGGGUUGUUCUGAAGUACAGAUACUGAGAGCUGUGCACAGCAGACCACUGAGAUGCACUGUACAGAUCCAUCUGGAAGGCAUUCGCAGUGCAGCUUAUAUAAUAUUAAUAAUGUCUUUCCAUUCCUGAGGAGAAUAAUGUGUGCCUAUUGGUUUUGUGUGUGUGGUGGAAGAGUUGUUGCAUCAAUAAAGAUGAUGUACAAAUGGAGUGCUUCAGUCACACACAACAGGAUGUGGCAGCCAGGGUUGCAAUAAAAAAAAAAUAUAUAUAUAUAUAUAUAUAUAUAUGCAUACAUUACAUGUCUUUUUUUUUUUUUAAAGGAAGUGAAUGUAUAAUUGGUUUUGGACUGAUGAGGCACUUGAAAACAUCAGUUUAUAUUCAUGACCUUCUAUGAAAUGCAACCUUGAAUUGUUAGGGCUUUUGUGUGCGUUCCUAUAGUCAGGAAAAGGGUUCACUGUUAUGUGUCUGACUUCUAAAACUUACAGUAUGCUUUCUGUGAGCUAAAUAGGUGUUUUUGUUUCCAUGUUUGAGUUUUUUUUGUCGUUGUUUUGUUCAAAUAUAUACUGCAAACUAA